GUCUGGUUCAUAGGGCAUCCAUCAGCCACCAGGACAUCCAUGGUGAAGAACACCCGCAGCAGGUCCACGAAGGGCAGUCUGAGACUGGCCGAUAUCAGGGCUUACAUGGAGAGCUGAACCACCAUAAUGAUGUUCAUAUCCGGGGUGUUACUGUUUAUUCUGUAUGGAUCUAUCGGCUUUACCGACGCGGCGCCCCGCAGCGCCUCCUACGACUCUGCGUCGCCGCUUUCCAGGAGGCUCCGCUCGGCCUCAGUGACCGAGGUGCUCCCCGGCACCUCUCUCCACCAGCUACCGGAGGACUGGGGUGUCCUGCGGGCUCUAAAAAGACUCAUCCGUGCGCCGGGCCCCCCUUUAAGCGCACAGGACAUCGGCGGCAGCACAACCCCGUCCAGGCGGCCGGGGACCGAGCCUUUCUCACAACAUGUCUCCAGCUCGGAGUCGGACUGGAGACGGAGACCAGGAGCCGCCAGGAGAUCCACCGACGCUCAGACAUCCGUGUUUUCUCCGGAGAAGAUGCUGCAGAUGGUCUCUAUGAUCCCCCAGCGCACUGCGAACGAUGCGUGGUCAACGGAUCACAUCGACACGUCUGUUCCUUCAAAGGACCAGGGCCAGGAGGUGGCGUGUAACUGCAGCACCGGUGGCGAGGGCAUCCUGGACCCAGAGGAGUGUGACGUCCGGACCGGCCGGUGCUCCUGCGUGUCUGGCUACAGCGGGCCGCAGUGUGAUGACUGUGAGGACGGACACUUCACCAACGGCACCGGCGGCUGCCUGCCCUGCCAGUGCGACUCCUACGGGGCUGUGGACCCCCUUUGUGACAGCUCAGGGACGUGUGUGUGUAAGAGGGGCGUGUACGGGCCCAAGUGUGACGACUGCCACCCUGAAUUCUUCCACUUCAGCAGCACCGGGUGUCAACCCUGCCGGUGCAACAACCACACCAACUACUGCCACCCGCAGUCCGGUUUUUGUCUGAACUGCAAGAACAACACCCAGGGGGUCAACUGUGAGGAAUGUCAGCCCAACUUCUAUCGGCCGAGCAGCACCGCGGAGCUGGGCCAGUCCUGCUCGCCCUGCCCCUGCUCCAGCACCUCCACCACGGGCCGCUGCCACGCAGACUCGGCAGGCCAAGCUGUAUGUGACGCGUGCCUGCCCGGCUACACUGGGCCACGCUGCCUCACCUGCACCCCGCGAUUCUUCCGCUCGGAGGGGGCGUGUCUUCCCUGUGAGUGCCAUGGCAAUGCAGACCCCAGCGGUCCUCCCCAGAUGUGCGAUCCGGACACAGGCCGCUGCUUGGGCUGCUCCCCCGUGACGACCGGCGAUAAGUGCCAGUUGUGCGCAACGGGCUUCAGUGGGAACGCCCAGGCACAGAACUGUACCCGAGAACCAGACGUGCGGGCCGCGUCCGAUCCCGGGACCACCCCCCCGCCUCUCACCACGCUCCCUCCCAUCAUGACUUCGCCCGCUACAACCCUCGCCGACCCCUCCACCACCGCCUCCUCCCACAGCAACAACAACACCACCAUCACCACCAGCCCGGGCACGCCGGCCGCGUCCACCCAGACGGUGGCCAGUACUCUAGGGGCGUGGCCCAGCGACAACACUACGGCGCCUAGCGACGUGUCUUGGACCCAGUUCAACGUCAUCAUCCUGGCCGUCAUCAUCCUGGUGGUACUGGUGCUGUUGGGCUUCGUGGGCGGGGUGUACGCAUACCGGGAGUAUCAGAACCGCAAGCUCAAUGCGCCGUUCUGGACCAUCGAGCUGAAGGAGGACAACAUCAGCUUCAGCAGCUACCACGACAGCCUGCCAAACGCCGACGUGUCGGGGCUCCUGGAGGACGAAGCCAGUGAGGUGGCGCCCAACGGCCAGCUGGCCCUCACCACGCAGAGCAACUGCUACAAGGCUUAGGCCCAGCCCCACAUCCACCAGACUAUACACUGCUACGAUGUUCAAUCUAAACACAGGCUCCUCCUCCUCUUUCUCCCUCCUCCUCCUCCCCCCUCCUCUUCUUCUUCCUCCUUGUCCUCCUUGCCUUCUCCUCCUCUCCGUCCAUUUUUUCUGUUUUCUUUCACUUCUGUGUAUUUUCAUGAUGAAACAGGUGGACCAUUCCAAAAAAAGGCAAAGACAUUUAUUUUCUUGUUUAGCCACCAGGGGCCGCUGAUGCAUACUAACUGCUGCUGCCUUGGUAGGGAUUUUAUAAGGGGCCUAGCAUUUCAAAGUAAAAGUUCAAACCAACCAACUGACAAACUGUUUUGAGUUAAACCGGACCAGAAGAAAUGAUUGUUAUUUAAUUUAAUUUAUUGGUUGAUUACUUAUUUCUUUGAGAGAAAUGCUGCACAUGUUUAUUUGAAUGGUGUUUUAUCUAAUGUAUUAUUGAAUAUGGAGUUGUGGUUGACACACCGGAUAUUUUCCAUGUACAGUUUGUGUGUUUGUACGCGUAACGGGAGGGAGGGGAGGGAGGGGUGGAUGGGUGGAAAACUUGCUGACGCAAACCAUUAUUAUUGUUUUAUUUUGCAAAUUGUAUACAGAUCCAGAAGGCCCUGGGUGUGUGACAGGUUGUGUUCCAUUGAGACUUCUCUAUAAAAGGCAGUAAAACUCACCUGGCCCUCAUAAGAACACCCCUCUGUUUCCGCUGCCUACCUCAACACCAAGAGUCCAGACCUCAGCGUGGUAUUGGAACACCAUGAUGGAGAUACACAAACAAUCGAAUAUACCUGGCCACUGUGCGGGGGAGUCAAGACACGCCUUCUGUCCACGCUCCGCUCCAAUGCUGCAAGGCUCUGAGCACUCUGAACACACACACCUGUGAACUACACCUGUAGACUACCCCUGCAGACUACACCUGUAGAUUACAAAUGUGGAUGACUCCUGUAGAUUACACCUUUGUACUACACCUGUGUACUACAGCUGUAGACUUCACCCGUAGAUUACACCUGUAGCCUACACCUGGAGACUACACCUGUAGAAUACACGUUAGACUACACUUGUAGAAUACACCUGUAGACUAUACCUGUGAAGUACACCUGUAGAAUACAUCUGUAGACUUCAGCUGUAGACUACACCUAUGUAAUACACCUGUAGACUACACUUGUGUCCUUAACCUGUAGACUACACCUGUGUAAUUCAUCUGUAGACUACACCUGUACAAUACACAUGUAGACUACACCUGUCCUUGUAGUUGUGUUGCUUGGCUUGUGUCUGCUGUGCUGAACUAACACCCCCCUCGCUGCUCAGGUUCCUGUAAAUCCACCUAUCAUGAUCUUCAUUGUAAAUAGCUUGUACAGAUGAAUACUAGCAUUAAUAUUGUACAGAUAGAGUACUGUGUGUGUGUGUGUCUGUGUGUGUGAGUGAGUGCGUGUGUGUGUUUGUGUUGUCACUCAACAACUAUUCACUUUAAAAAGGUGGCAUCAUUCAACAGCCUUCCUCCUCUGUGGUGACCUCCUUCCUGUCGUGGCUUCAGGAAGUAGAUCACCAGUCCCCAAUACUUCCAGCCUGCACUUGUUCCUUGAUGUGGAGAGUUAUCACACGGAACCAUGUCUCCAUGGCCAACAACGGCCUUAGAACUUCCCCACCACAUCCCAUCCUGAUCAAUUGGAGAGCAAAGUCAAAGAAUCCUUUUGUCCAUAAGUACUUUGCUAGGUUUUCCUCCCUGCAGGUCCAACCUCUCGCUUCACCACCAGGGGGGACCAAUAGGGGCGGGGCAUGGCGUACCUUCAUCUAUGCAAGUGGCAGAAUAGGAGGGCUGGGGAACAAGACGAAUCAGACAAGUAGUGUAAAUACUGAGCCAGGCUAGACGGCCAUCUCUCAAAUCAACAUACCAAAAUAAAACUGGGUCAACUUUCUAAGCUCUUUGUGUGAUUCUUUGUUUUGUUA